AUGACAGAAGAUCCUCGUUUCUAUAAGCCCAUCUCAACAUACGAGGGGAUUCACCGAUGGGACCCCCAUUUUGACUGGACCCCAGAGGAGGAGAAACGCCUGAUCCGAAAGAUUGAUCUCCGAGUGUGCACGUUUGCUUGCAUCACUUUUUUUGCACUCCAGCUGGACCGAGGAAAUGUCGUCCAGGCCAUGUCCGACAACAUGCUGGGAGACUUGGGCAUGGAUACCAACGACUACAACACCGGCCAGACCAUCUUCUUCGUGGUGUUCCUGUUUGCCGAGUUGCCGUCUCAGCUUAUCUCCAAAUGGCUCGGCCCGGACCGGUGGAUCCCUAUCCAGAUGUUUUGCUGGAGUUUGAUCGCCGCGAUGCAGGCAUUCCUGAAAAACAAGGCGAGCUAUUUUGCAUGCCGCGCGCUUUUGGGCCUCUUCGAGGGCGGAUUUAUCCCGGAUACAAUUCUUUUCCUCUCCUUCUGGUACAAAUCGAAGGAACUUCCCAUACGGCUCAGUUAUUUCUGGGUGUCAUACCAGGGAACGGCCAUUAUCGGUGCUUUCCUUGCGUUUGGGUUUCUCCACAUCCGCGACGACGACGGGAAAGGUGGAUGGCGAUACCUAUUCGCUUACGAGGGUCUCAUAACGGGCAUCAUCGCCAUCGUCGCAGCAUUCUGGAUGCCCGCGUCCCCGACACAAACCAAGGGCGGUUUUCGCGGCAAGAACGGCUGGUUCAGCGAACACGAAGAGAAGAUCCUCGUCAACCGUGUCAUACGUGACGACCCCAGCAAAGGAGGAAUGCACAACCGCCAAGCCGUAACGCCCAAGAUGCUCUGGAACGCCCUUUGCGACUACGACUUGUGGCUCAUCUACCUGCUGGGCCUGAGCUGGAUGAUCCCCAACACGCCCGCGACGACCUACAUCACGCUGAAUCUGAAGGCGCUCGGGUUUUCCACCUUCGAGACAAACCUCUUGACCAUCCCGAGCUACGUCAUCUUUAUCAUCAACUUGCUCUUCUGGACGUGGGUGUCAGAGCGCUUCCAGCAGCGCUUUCUUCUGGGUAUCGUAUCUGAAGUGUGGUGCUUGGUGCUGCUGAUCGCCCUGGUGGUUUUACCAGAUGAUGCCAGCCCGUGGGCCCGCUGGAUCAUCAACGUCCUGCUGAUUGGCGCUCCGUAUAUCCACGCCGUGGUGGUGGCCCUGACGUCCAGAAAUGCGGGCUCUGUGCGGACGAGAACGGUCGCCACUGCGCUGUAUAAUAUGACGGUCCAGGCGUCUAAUAUUAUUGCCAACAACAUCUAUCGCGAAAAUGACAAGCCUUACUACCGGACUGGCAACAAGGUCCUAAUCGCGAUUACCGUGUACAGUCUGCUCUUGUUUGUUGUGUGCAAGUAUUAUUAUGCCUGGCGUAACAAACAAAAAGCUGCCAUCUGGGAUCCGAUGACCAGCGCCGAGCGAGAGGCUUAUUUGGCUGCAAACAAAGACAAAGGAAAUAAACGACUUGACUUCCGAUUCAUCCACUAG